AUGGGACACCGCACGUCGGAGCUGCUGGCUCUGUUGGUGAUCUCGCUGUCCCUGCUGCUACUGCUGCCCUCUGCCGCGGCCGCCACGGCCACAGCGAAGGCCAUCGACGCAAGCAAAGUCCAGCGUCUGGAGCUGCCCGACUCUCUGGUCGGUCCAGAGAGCGUCGCGUUCGACGGGCGCGGCGCCGGGCCCUACGUCAGCGUCGCCGACGGCCGCGUCCUCCGGUGGGGCGGCAACGGCAACGGCUCCGGGUCCGGCUCUGGCUGGACGACGUACACGUACAGCCCGAGCUACAGCAAGAACAACUGCGCGACGCCGUCGGAGCUCCCGCCCGUGGCCACCGAGAGCUCGUGCGGGCGGCCACUGGGCCUGCGGUUCCACCGCCGCUCCGGCACGCUCUACGUCGCCGACGCGUACAUGGGUCUGAUGCGGGUGGGUCCGGGGGGCGGGGAGGCGACGGUGGUGGCGACGGAGGCCGUCGGGGAGCCGCUGCUCUUCGCCAACGGGGUGGACGUGGACCAGCGCACCGGCGAGGUGUACUUCACCGACAGCAGCAGCACGUACCGGCGGUCGCAGCACCAGAUGGUGACCGCCACGGGGGACUCCACGGGGCGCAUCAUGAGGUAUGACCCGCGGACGGGCGAAGUGGCGGUGCUCCAGUCCGGCGUGACGUACCCCAACGGCGUCGCCGUCAGCGCCGACGGGACCCACCUCGUCGUCGCGCUCACGGGCCCGUGCAAGCUGCUGAGGUACUGGCUCCGAGGGCCCAAGGCCGGCACGUCCGAGACGCUCGCUGACCUGCCGGGGUACCCGGACAACGUGAGGCCCGACGGGAAGGGAGGCUACUGGGUGGCGCUGCACCGGGAGAAGAACGAGUUCCCGUUCGGCGUGAACUCGCACCUGGUCGCUGUUCGGAUUGGCGCCGACGGCGAGACGCAGCAGGAGAUGAAAGGCCCCAAGAACGUCAGACCCACUGAGCUGGUGGAACGAAAAGGCGGCAAAAUAUAUAUGGGGUCUGUAGAGCUGUCGUAUGUUGGCAUUGUUAGCACUUAG